GGGCAGAACCAACAGUAUUCUCACAGAGGUCGAUUGAGUCCCAGACCUCCCGUGGGAUUUCGUUUAUCGAUAUAUAUAUCUCGUGAUUUAAAGAAAAAAUAAAUAAAUCAGAAAGAAGACAGAAGUGACGAUAGGAACACAUUUUUUUUCUCUCUCUAAGGGGCAAAAUUUAAGCGCUUGUGAAGGAAAAGGAACUUGUGGCAAGAUGGAGAGGCGAUGGCGGUGGAGUUCCCUUGUUGUUGUCGCGCUCCUUUCAGCCAGCCUCGUCGCCCAGUCUGCGGCAGCCUCCAACGACCUCGGGAUGCUAAAGGAGGCGCACGAGGCCCUAAACCACGCUGACGAGGCUCUCCAAUCGCUUGAGGAUCUCGUGUUCUCCAUCAUCUCCACCACAACGACCACAAGCCUUACCUCGACGACAUCCGAGGGCGCGUCUCCCUCGACCGACGGGGGGAGCACGUUCUCCACGCCUGUUCCUGGGUCGUCGUCGACGUCGCCGGCUACGUCAUCUUCCGGGCAGUCCACUCCUAGCGUUUCGACUACAGUACAGUCCACAGGGAGUAACACACCAUCGGCAGAAUCGACAACAACGCCAGAGCCUACAACAACACCGAAAGUAACAACACCUGAGCCUACAACAACGCCAGAGCCUACAACAACACCGAAAGUAACAACACCAGAGCCCACAACAACACCGAAAGUAACAACACCAGAGCCCACAACAACACCGAAAGUAACAACACCAGAGCCCACAACAACAAAAGUAACAACACAGAGCCACAACAACACCGAAAGUACAGAAGCCUACAACAUACAACACCUAAACCUGGAUCAACAACAGCAGUUAAAACCAAUUAAAAACACUAUUACGUCCAAUGUAAUCGAACGGCCUCGCCAUCGCCCUCCACUCUCCUUCGUAGAUUAUUACAAAAAUAAAGAGAAUGAGGAGGCCACAACCCUCCCGAACUCAUCAGCGAAGCCCUCAGAACCACCUACGACUACAGAGGCCGCGACUGCUUCAACCUCCUCUGGAUCGCAGAGUACGACCCCGGGACAGUCUACGAGCGAGGCAACCACGACCGACCUGACGACUACCGAAGAGCCUGAUCUCAGACCCUGGCACGUAAAAGUGGAAGACACUGUAAACAACAUCAGGAAUCUCUCGUUGGAUAUCCAGGAACGUUAUUUAGACGACUACCAGGCCGAGAAAUUGGACACCGAGGCUUCGUUCCUGGAGGAGCUGGUGGCGGAGGGCGAGCUGAACACGAGCCUCGUCUUAGACCUUUCUCCGCAGACGAUACAGCUGGUUCUUAACACGUCCGAUGUGGUCCAGGAGGCAAAGGAGGACGUUGGGGCCGAGAUCGAUGACAUCGUGGGAAACAUAACAACAGUGAUAAUCGUCUCAGUUCUGGCGUCACUGCUGAUCGUGGCCGUCCUCAUUGUCCUGACGCUUCUCCUCAUCCGACCCUGGGCUGGAGGCUGUGGCAAGCCCAAGAAAUCACUGAGGCCUUCCUCUCGUGACGUGGCGUUGGAUGACGAAUUCCCCGAUGCAACCUUUGUACAGAUCACAUCCCAUGGUAAUGAAGUCGAGAUGAAGCCGGUUUAG